AUGCGUUACAUAAAUUUGGAUUCUGAUGUUGGCUCCCUCGAAAUCCAGCAAACCUGCAUUCCCCAGGCCCUUAUUGGUGGUGACAUCAUCUGCCAGGCCAAGUCUGGUUCCGGUAAGACAGCCAUUUUCGUGCUGUCUACCCUGCAGCAGAUCGAGCCCGUCGACGGCGAGUGCUCGGUUCUCGUCCUGUGCCACACGCGCGAGCUGGCUUUCCAGAUCCGCAACGAGUACAACCGCUUCUCCAAGUACAUGCCCGAGGUCCGCACCAGCGUCUUCUACGGCGGUACCAAGGUCACCGAGGACAUUGCGAUUCUCCGCAGCCCGGAGACGCACCCCCACAUUGUUGUCGGCACCCCCGGUCGUUUGAACGCCCUUGUUCGCGAUAAGCACCUGCGUCUCGGCAGCGUCCGGAUGUUCGUGCUCGACGAGUGCGACAAGAUGCUGGAAGGAGUUGAGAUGCGCCGUGAUGUCCAGGACAUUUUCCGCGCCACUCCCCGCCAGAAGCAGGUCAUGAUGUUCUCGGCCACUCUGUCCCAGGAGAUCCUGCCCAUCUGCCGCAAGUUCCUGCAGAAUCCCACGGAGCACCUUGUUGAGGAUCACGUCGAGCUGGCCCUUGACGGCGUGCGGCAGUUCCAUAUUUUCCUGCCGGAGGACAAGAAGAUCCGCAAGCUUGUGGACAUUCUUGACCAGCUGGACAUCAACCAGGUCAUGGUCUUCGUCAAGAGCCGUGGCCGCGCCGAGCAGCUGUCCAAGGUGCUGGAGAAGUUCAACUUCCCCACCUGCUACAUCCACGGUGAUAUGAAGCAGGAGGAGCGUGACGCCGUUUACAAGAAGUUCAAGAAAGGCGACACCCUGCGUGUCUGCGUUGCCACUGACAUUUUCGGCCGUGGUGUCGACUUUGAGCGCAUCAACCUGGCCAUCAACUACGACAUGCCCAAGGAGGUCGCCACGUACCAGCACCGUGUCGGUCGUGCUGGUCGUUUCGGUACCAACGGCGCCGGUAUUUCGUUCCUCAGCACUGAGGAGGACAAGGAGAGCUUCAAGGCUGUUGAGGAGUACUUCAAGAAGACCUUCCCUGAGUACCCCGAGGAGGGCCUUAAGCUCAAGGACGGCGGCAACACUGCUGGCGCUGAGGAGGCUGCUGCGAAUUAA